AUGACCUCGUUGAAAAUACUUCUGAUAUUGUGUUUUGGGUUUUUGAACCUUAAUACCAUUCGUGGUACAUCGUUAUAUUCCAACGACCGUGUUCCGUUAAAUGACUGCUGUACGGGAUGUAAUUCUUCAGAAGCCCAUUUUGGAUAUACGGAAGCAACCUGUCAUGGACCAACCCACUGGUUCGAAAUCACAACAGGAUGGAGUUUCUGUGGAGGUUCUAUUCAAUCACCAGUUAAUUUAAGAACAAGUGACUCCGUCUAUCAGCAAGUACUUCGAACAUAUCCUCUCCGUUUUCAAAACCUUUGUCUUCGAAUUCCAGCACGAAUUCGUAAUAAUGGACAUUCCCCACAUUUUGACACAGAGAGUGAUGCCGUUGGUUUAUACAAUAUCCCAGGUUUGCCUGGACAGAGAUUUACAUUUAAUGAAUUCCAUAUUCACUUAGGAAGAACUUUUGCAGAAGGGUCUGAACAUCUCAUGGAUGGAAAUAAAUUUAAUAUGGAGGCUCAUUUAGUAUUUUACAAUAGCCGAUACGGGGACGCAAUCACAGCUAAAAGAAGUCCCCGGGGCCUCGCUGUCAUGGGCGUAAUGAUACAGGUUGCAGAGAACGGUGAAGAGUCGGAUGGAGUUUUUAUUGAGAAAAAAGAUAAGGAUUGUGGAGUUGUUAGACACCGCCCUUACAGUAAAUGCGUUUGUGAUGAUACAAACCCUUACUCUGCAUAUAUUUGUAAAGUAUCUGGUCGGUGCCAGUGUGAAGAUGACAACGACUGUCCAGGACUGAGCAAAUGCAGAUUAAAUGACGUCAUACCAGGGCGAUAUUGUGGAAAACCUAAGGCAUGCCGUGUCCGUUAUGCUAGGAAUCUAAGUUAUAUUAUGGAGAACUACUAUCGCAGUAUACGUUUCUAUACGAACGUUGCACCGAGGCUUGAGGAUAGGCAGUGGGUAGAAAUUCCAGAAGGUAUUACCCCCAGCGAUGUCUUGCCCUACGACUGGAGUUAUUAUACCUACCAAGGAUCUCUUACCACGCCGCCAUGUUUUGAAACUGUGACCUGGAUAAAUAUGAGAUGUCCAAUUAAAGUUUCAAGACGAGCGUAUAAUAAUCUAGCUUUAGUCAGAGAUGUAAAUGGUCCACCACUCGUCACAUUUGGAUUGGACAGACCAGCGCAACGAGGAAUGUAUAACGGCCCGAGCGUUUCAGUUUCCCGUAGUUUUCAAUGGGACACAGUUGGAACAGAAACAUCAUUUUGUAAUGUUAAUUGA